CGAUACGACAUAUUCUGACACAACCUUAAGUGAAUCGCACGUCUUUGCUAGUGUUAAUUGCAGCGAUUUUCAAAAAUCACCACUAUUAAAAUUAAAUGUUUAUUGUUAAACCGGUGAUACAAAUAAAACGCCAAAAUGAUGAUGAUGUCAUCAAUAAAAGCGUUGACACCGCGCAUGCGGUUCAACUAUUCGAAGCCGAUUAUAGACAACAUGGUUUUCAAGCUUCAUUAUAAGUUGACUGUGGUCUUGCUUCUCUGCUUCAUGAUCCUUGUCUGUGGGAGAGAGUACUUCGGAGAGCACAUCAAGUGUUUGUCCGACCAGGGCGUACCACCACAUGUUAUACAGACCUACUGUUUCUUCAUGGCCACGUUUACUAUUGUCAGACAUUACAACGAAAGUUUACUGGAAGGUGGAUUUUUGCCGCAUCCGGGAGUUGGGCCAAUUCUCGAAUCAGACGAGACUAUCCGCCAUACUUACUACCAAUGGGUUCCCUUCGUUCUGUUCAUUCAAUCGAUCUGCUUCUAUAUUCCGCAUUAUAUUUGGAAGAGCAAAGAAGGAGGCAGAAUAAAAGCUUUAGUUGAGGGUCUUCAAUAUGCCAGCUUAGCUUUACACGAUACAGACAUGCAGGCUGGUAGCAUCAACGUUCCUUCGAAGCAGACUCUGGAGAGCCGAGUGGAUCUUAUCAAGAAAGAUAUUUUAUUGAGAUUAAGAAUUACAAGAACCUGGUCUCGAUGGCUGAUAUCCAUGGAGGUCCUAAAUCUUCUGCACGUGAUGAUUCAAGUAUGGAUUGUCAACAAAUUCCUUCACGGCAGUUUUAUAAGUUUGGGGCUUAACGUAAUGAAAUUCAAACAUUGGGGUGAUAUGACAGAUCCAUUGGAAUUAGUUUUCCCAAAGGUAACGAAAUGUGUGUUCCACAAGUAUGGUCCUAGUGGAUCCAUUCAGCAGCAUGACGCUUUGUGUGUUAUGGCUCUUAACAUCAUCCACGAGAAGAUCUACGUCAUUCUGUGGUUCUGGUUCCUAUUCCUUUUCAUCGCGUCUUUUCUGGGUGUCGUAUGGCGGUUCGUGUCGUUCUUUAUGUUCCGUAGAUCAUUGAGAUUCAACGAAAUUGUGUUCCGGCAUAUCUCCAAGAGCAAGUUUAAUCCGUAUAACGUGAUCAACGUUGUCAACGGUUGUGAGUUUGGGGAUUGGCUGUUCCUAUAUUACCUUGCGAAGAAUAUGAAGUCUGCUACAUUCCAUGAGUUAUUCAGAAGCGUUGCUGAAGAAUUAGAAAAACGGGAUAUACCGUAUAAUAACAAAGAAGACGAUAAUGUUGAGAAGGGAUCUGAACCUGUUCUACUAGGAAAGGUAGACUAUGACGAUGAGACGUUACCACUUAAAGAUAAAAGGACAUAGACUACAAAAAACUCUACAGGAAAAAAAAUCAGAUUAAUACAGAUGUAGACAAGCCACAACUUAUAAUGUCUAACAUCACAGAUUACUAUUGUCAAUUUUUUUAACCAAAGACAAACCUUCGAAUGAAACACAUUUUUGGACAAACUGAAAACGAAAAAAAAAAACAUCUUUAUCAAUAUUAGGUAUAGAACUGAUGUAUUUGUCGUAAAUAAUGAAAUAGGUGAUAAGUAUGAUAUUCUAAAGUUUUAAGGAAAUUUAGUAUUAAUAGCUUAGAAGUUGGUACUGGUACUAUUACAUAUCUACUGCGAGAACUAAACUAAAUCUAUGUUGAGUCCUGUCCAAAUAAAAUAUUGAUAUAUUUAUUAGGAAUGAUAUUACUUAUUGGACCUAGAAUAGGUACAAUUUUGUUUUACAAGUACAAUUUGAGAUUUUUAAUUUGAGACCAUCUCGGAUUCAUUUACGUGUGAAAAAUAAUAUUUUAAUAUAUGAAUAAAAAUGUUAAUGUGGAAGGAAUUUAGACUUUGCUCAAUUGUUACUUUCGCUCAUUUUUUAGCUUGCCCCAAUACAGCAAGACAAAAACAGUUUUUAAUAUAGUCGGCUAAAGAGAGGCUUUUAUGCAGGUCUCAAGAUCGACUUGUGUAGUGUCUAGUCAAUUUAUGGGACCAAAAUCAAUCGAAUUUAUUUAAAACCGCAAUUUAAUUGUGAUAUUGCGUAAAUGUGUAUCUAUUUAUAAUUGUUUUUUAUAAAUAAAGAAUUUAAAUUGUU